ACCCGGUGCGAGCCGCCUUUCCCGUCACGAGCACGAAACGGAACCGGGCACCGAGGCCACCCACGGCUCGGCGCAGCGGCGUGCGAUAAGGGAGACCGACCGAGCGAGCGAGCGAGCGAACCUCUCCGGUGAGGGGACGGGGACGACAAGGCCGGCAAGAUUCGAGGGGCCGGCGGAACCAAGCGGAAGGCAGCAGAGUCGUCGUCCACGCGGGGCGGCCGCCGGCGAACGGAGCCGGCAGCUCCGGCGCCCAAGGAGAUGGGGGUCGACUACUACAAGGUUCUCGGCGUCAACCGUGGCGCCAGCGACGACGACCUCAAGAAGGCCUACCGCAAGCUCGCCAUGCGGUGGCACCCGGACAAGAACCCCACCACCAAGAAGGAGGCGGAGGCCAAGUUCAAGCAGAUCUCCGAGGCGUACGAGGUCCUUAGCGACUCCCAGAAACGCACAAUAUAUGACCAACUAGGGGAAGAAGGGCUCAAGGGACAGCCGCCUCCAGGGGCAGGAGGUCCUGGUGCAUCUUCUUUCUACCCUGGUGGUGGCCAGUCAACCUCAUUUCACUUCAAUCCGAGGAGUGCGGAUGAUAUAUUUGCUGAGUUUUUUGGAUUUUCUGGGCCUUCCUUCGUGGGUGGCAUGCCGGGUGGCAGCAUGAGAGGGGAACCAAGAUCUUAUGGUGGGGGCGUGUUUAGCAACGAGUAUCUCGCUUCGCGAUUUGCAGAGGGUUCUGCCGGCAAUAUGCCGCGCCCAUCACACAAACCAGCACCCAUUGAGAAUCGGCUUCCAGUGACCCUUGCGGAUUUGUAUAAGGGUGUAGCCAAAAAGAUGAAAAUCUCAAGAGAGGUCACAGAGACCAGUGGGAGAGUUUCACAGGUAGAAGAAAUUCUGACGAUAGAUGUGAAGCCCGGUUGGAAGAAGGGGACAAAGAUCACCUUCCCUGAAAAGGGAAAUGAAUCUCCAAGCAUGAUGCCUGCUGAUAUUGUCUUCAUCAUUGAAGAGAAGCCCCAUGAUGUUUUCACCAGGGAAGGAAACGAUCUUGUCAUGACACAGAAGAUCUCCUUGGUGGAAGCACUGACUGGCUAUACCGUGCAACUCACAACGCUCGACGGGCGGAGCCUGUCCAUACAAGUUAACUCGGUAAUCAACCCUAGCUAUGAAGAGGUGAUCCCUGGAGAGGGGAUGCCAAUACCCAAGGAGCCCGGUAAGAAGGGAAAUCUGCGCGUUAAGUUCAUCAUCAAGUUCCCUUCCAGGCUGACAUCUGACCAGAAAGCUGGGAUCAAAAGGCUGUUGGGUUCUUAGCCCUGUGUGCCAUUUUCUAUAGACUGAUGAAAGCGACUGUGAAUAUCUCCAGCAUGUGGCUAGGUAGAUUUCUAUCUGUCCGGAUGGGACAAUGAGCGGAAUUGGUCUUGGUUAUUCCGUUUACAUACCUGUAGAAAUGAUGUGGCCAUUCUAUGUGUUGUUUUUCCCCAUAACUUGGUAGAGGCUUUUUCACAUAUGUGACCAGGCUGGUUGUUUGUCAAUGUUUUAAUCUGUUCUUCCUCGGGAUCGCAGGAAGGUUAUACAGAUUUUGUUCCCUGUCAUGUCGGGAUAAUUCGGCUUUGUUAUAUAUUUGAACUAGCUA